CCAACAACAUAAAACCCCCUCCGAGUUCAGCCCAAAUUUUCUCCUUCUUCUCAGCCCUAACUCCAUCACUCCCUUUGCUUUCUCUCCCUCUCUCGAAGAAGCUGAGAAACAGUUCCAGAGAGAUCGUCUCCGUCUCAAGGCUCAACCUCAGUCUCAGUUGUAGCAGCUGAAGCAAUCCGGCGGCAAUGGGGAUCAUUGAACGGAUCAAAGAAAUCGAGGCCGAAAUGGCUCGGACUCAGAAAAACAAAGCCACAGAGUACCAUCUUGGUCAGCUCAAGGCGAAGAUUGCGAAGCUAAGGACUCAGCUGUUGGAGCCUCCAAAAGGUUCUAGUGGAGGUGGAGAGGGUUUCGAAGUUACAAAGUUUGGACACGGUCGCGUUGCCCUAAUUGGGUUUCCAAGUGUUGGUAAGUCGACACUUUUGACAAUGUUGACGGGGACGCACUCUGAAGCUGCUUCUUAUGAGUUCACAACACUUACCUGCAUUCCUGGGAUUAUACACUAUAAUGAUACAAAAAUUCAGUUGCUUGAUCUUCCUGGAAUUAUUGAAGGUGCUUCUGAAGGCAAAGGUCGUGGGAGGCAGGUUAUUGCUGUUGCAAAGUCAUCAGAUAUCGUGUUAAUGGUUCUUGAUGCCUCAAAAAGUGAAGGUCAUCGGCAAAUUUUGACAAAGGAGCUGGAAGCUGUGGGUUUGCGUUUAAACAAGAGGCCACCACAAAUAUAUUUCAAAAAGAAAAAAACUGGAGGCAUUUCUUUUAACAGCACUCUCCCUUUAACUCAUGUGGACGAGAAGCUUUGUUAUCAAAUUCUGCACGAAUACAAAAUUCACAAUGCUGAGUUGCUGUUUCGUGAGGAUGCCACAGUGGAUGAUCUUAUCGAUGUAAUUGAGGGUAACAGAAAAUACAUGAAGUGUGUAUAUGUAUACAACAAGAUAGAUGUUAUUGGUAUUGAUGAUGUGGACAAAUUAGCCCGGCAACCUAAUUCUAUUGUCAUUAGCUGCAAUCUGAAGCUGAACUUAGACAGACUACUCGCGAAGAUGUGGGAGGAGAUGGGACUUGUUAGAGUUUAUACAAAGCCACAGGGCCAGCAACCUGAUUUUGGUGAUCCUGUAGUUCUUUCUGCUGAUAGAGGUGGCUGCACAGUUGAGGACUUUUGUAACCAUAUCCACAGGAGUCUGCUGAAGGAGGUAAAAUAUGUGCUAGUGUGGGGUACAAGUGCACGGCACUACCCUCAGCAUUGUGGCGUCAGUCACCUUCUUAAUGAUGAAGACGUGGUUCAGAUUGUAAAGAAAAAGGAGAAAGAAGGGGAAGGGAGGGGUCGGUUUAAGUCACAUUCGACAGCCCCUGCUCGUAUAGCUGACAGAGAGAAGAAGGCUCCCCUGAAACAAUAAUAUCACUGACUGUAAUACCGUGCAGACCCGAGUUUCUUACAUGAAGAGGCACAGAAGAUGCCUAUGAAGCGUAUCAUAUCAUUUGCUGAAUUGACAAAUCGGUGUAAAAUGAAGAGUUGGCCUUAGAACCUAGUGCUCAUCAACAUGCGUAGGCUUUUGGAUGUGUUGUAUGUUUGGCGAUCAAUUAAGUACUGAGAAUUUUGAAAAUAAUCUGCAUCAUCUCUGUUGCUAGAGAUGUAUUUUUUUGAUCCGCUCUUGGAUAUAUAUUCUUAAAAAUCCGUCUUCAUUAAUCUAGUUCCUCUUGAGGCCA